UUGAACGAAGCAAAAUAGGUACAAAGAAGUUAUACGGACUCGAGAAAAAAACAGCCAAGACCUAUGAUUUAGUAGAGCGAGUCACCUUGGAGAAGCAAGUAGAACUUUACUCAUCUUCUACUUAUGACCCAACACAAGCAUGAGGAAAAUAUACUAUUGUUUCGUUAUGGCCACGGUGGCGGCGUUGGCACAAUCCCAAUGCGAUAUCCAAAAUAAAGUGAACAUUAGAACGGUCAACUUGUACGCCAACAUUAUGGAUGUCUCGCCGUUGGGAGUGAAUAAUUGCUGUUGUUUCAAAACGGAUCCCAGAGAUUCUCAGAAAUGCCCAAGCACAACAAAAGAGGCAGCCGAGCCCACGCCAUCCAGCAAUGGGGUUGGGAUUCGUGUAUUCACCGGUGAUCUUGAGCUUGAAAGACCCGACGAAUGCCCUUUUGGAUACAUCAAAUGUUGCUAUGACACCUACGAAGAGAUCCAAGAAGUUGAGAAAUUGGCUGAUAAGACUUGCCUACCCUUGGAAAGCAACACGCAAGUGGAAUCCACGGAACAAUGGCAACAAUUCUGCAGUGAAGGCACAAACGUCCGGCAACCCCAAGAAAAUAAGCAAUGCGGCGAACGACCCGGAUUCUACACAAUUCCAAAUCUACCUCAUGGUAUGGCCAGUCCGGAGGAAUUUCCUUGGAUGUGCGGCAUUUUCGACCGUAACAACCAAUACCUGUGUGCUUGUGUGAUCGUGCCUGAAAACUUCAAUAACGACAUUACGAGAGGUACCUCUCUGAUACUUACCGUUGCCCAUAAGGUGGUCAAUCAUAACCCCGGUGACCUGAAGAUUAGAAUGAGAGACCACUACCUAUGUAAGGAUUUCAAGGCACCGGAGCGGCAAAAAUUCAUCGAUUAUGAUGUCGAUUCUAUCUCCAUCUAUCCUGAUUUCUCCCCAGAGCGUUUUAACAACAAUUUGGCGGCCAUUAAAACAAAGGGCACGAUUGAUACCACUCAAAAUGGGAUCAAUGCAGCGUGUCUCCCUACUUGUGGUGAAAUGUUUGAUUUCACGUUUCAAAAUGGCACAGGAACAAGGUGCUGGAUCAGUGGUUGGGGGCAGGAUCAAAAUGGACAUGGCCUCACGCCCUAUCUACAAAAGGUGGACGUUCCCAUGUACAACACAAAUCGCUGCAGACUUAGGGUCCGAGAGGAGAUUCAAAAGAUUCUUCCGGACACCAACAUCCAACUUCACCCAAGCGAACUUUGCGCCGGCGGCGAACUCGGCAAAGACGCUUGCAAUGGGGACGGUGGAGCACCUUUAGUUUGUCAAUCCGAAUCAAAGCGGUGGUUUGUCAUGGGCCUUGUGGCUUGGGGCGUGGACAAUCGUUGCGGUGAAUAUGACCUACCCGGUAUAUACGUGCGGCUGUCCUAUUUUAAGGAUUGGAUUAACGCAUUAUCAUCCAAAAGUGAUUCAGCGCCCAAGGCCACAGCCCUUGCAGGAGGCGAAUUGGAAACAGGUGGAAUAAUGCCCAGAGACGAAAUUCCUGUCAUUAUACGCAGUGGAAUAUAAAAUGCACCAUGGUUUUCUUUUAUUCAAAAAACAUGAAACUCCCUCACAACAA